AUGUGAAAGUUCAGCCACUCCACGUGGGUCUAUUAAUGGUACAGGGGAAGUAAAUAAGUGUUUUGCGCUGAUGAUAGAUCAUAGUGCUGUUAAAGAUACUCACGAAAUGAGUUUUCUGUUCUAAUUUCACUUAUUGUAGAAAAUGGCAGAUGAUGUAAAAGCAAUCGAGCUGGUUUUGUUCAAAAGGCACUGGUGAGAUCCUCACUAAAGAGAGUGAUGAGAUCUGGAUGAGAUGCUGAGGUGCUGUCGGAUCAUUCAGAUUUUAUCACGUCACACAUUAAUUCCAGCUCUUAAAAAUAAAGGGUGGCCAGAAGAUCCUAUAUUAAAUUCCCGUGGAUUUUGCAUGUCCUGCAAGAUGACUGAGGAGUCAGCAGACACCCAAAUCAAAGCUUUGAAGAGACCAGCAGAUACUCUCGCUGAGACCGAGCAUGAAGACAAGAAGCUUAAAACAGACCAGGAGGAGAGGAAAUACCCCAAGAAAAAGGUGGCCCUGCUGAUGGCAUAUUCAGGCAAAGGCUAUUAUGGAAUGCAGAGAAAUGCAAAGAACUCUCAGUUCAGGACCAUUGAGGAUGAACUGGUCACUGCUCUUGUGAGAGCCGGAUGUAUUCCAGAGGGCCAUGGAGAUGACAUGAAGAAGAUGUCUUUCCAGCGGUGUGCACGGACGGAUAAGGGUGUUUCUGCUGCAGGUCAAGUUGUGUCUCUGAAGGUGUGGAUGAUUGACAACAUCCUGGACAAAAUGAAUGCACAUCUGCCACCUCACAUAAGAAUUUUAGGUUACAAAAGAGUCACAGGAGGCUUCAAUUCCAAAAACAACUGCGAAGCCAGAACGUAUUCCUACAUGCUUCCCACUGUGUCUUUCUCACCAAAGGACUAUAACCAGGAGGACACGUCAUUCCGUCUGAGUUCAGAGACCCUUCAGAAGGUCAACCAAUUAUUUGGCCUUUAUAAAGGAACCCACAACUUCCACAACUUCACAUCGCAAAAAGGUCCACGGGACCCCAGUGCCAAACGUUACAUCACCCACAUGUCCUGCGGAGAACCGUUUGUGAGACAGGAAGCUGAGUUUGCCGUCAUCACAGUAAGAGGCCAGAGCUUCAUGAUGCACCAGAUCCGGAAGAUGAUCGGUCUCGUGAUCGCUGUGGUUAAAGGAUAUGUGGAUGAAGAGGUGAUCGAGAGGAGCUGGGGAGAGGACAAAGUUGACGUUCCCAAGGCUCCUGGGCUGGGGUUGGUGCUGGAGAGGGUGCACUUUGACCGCUACAACAAACGCUUCGGAGGAGAUGGCAUCCAUGAGACUCUGGAAUGGACUGAGGAAGAAGAAGCCAUCGCUGCUUUUAAGGAUGAGCACAUUUAUCCCAGCAUUGUAGAGACUGAGCUCCAUGAGAAGUCCAUGGUGAACUGGAUGGCUACACUCUAUAUCCAUGAUUUUGAAGCCACGGCCACAGGAAACCAAGAGUGCAAAGAUGAUGACGAAGAUGGAAAUGUAUCUGACUGAAUCACUAAGAAGCAGACUUCUGUUGUGUUUAAUCUUUAUUUUGGUUUUUGCUUGUAUGCUAACAUUAAUUUUCAAUAUUUCUAAAAUAAAAAUAUGGUUUUGUUAA